AUGUGGGAAUAUGAAAAAAUACUAGGUGAAGGUACUUUUGGAAAUGUUGUUCGUGUUAUAAAUACUAAUACAUCUGAAAUUGCUGCUUGUUCAGAAUAUCAUUUAUAUCUUGAAUAUGCUGCUGGUGGUGAUUUAUUUAACAGAAUUGAAUCUGAAAAUGGAAUUGAAGAAAAUCUUGCACAACAUUAUUUUAAACAAGUUAUUUCUGGAAUGAGUUAUCUUCAUAGCCUUGGUAUGGCACAUCGAGAUCUCAAACCAGAAAAUAUACUUAUUGGUUAUAAUGAAAUAUUGAAAAUUUGUGAUUUUGGACUGGCAGCAAUGUUUUAUGAUGAAACAAAAAAAAUUAAAAAAUUAUUAAAUACUUAUGUAGGUACAACAGCAUAUAUGGCACCUGAAAUUUUUAAAAAAGUACCAUACGAUGCUGAACGUGCAGAUGUAUGGUCAUGUGCAUAUAUUUUUAUUAAAUUUUUACCAUAUUUACAACAAUAUUUUCAAUCACAUCAACGUCCAUUUACUACAAUACUUUUAUAUCUUGCACAAACAUCAACUAAACUUAUUCCAUCUGAUAUUCUUUAA